AUGGCAGCUACUGGGCGCCUGAGCUCCACAUCCAGCAACAGCUCCUGCGGCAGCUCGGAGUACUCUGGGGAGGUCGUCCCCCACCCCCCAGGUCUGCCAAAGUCUGACCCCGGCCACUGGUGGGCCAGCUUCUUCUUCGGGAAGAUGACUCCCCCGGCCAUGACGACCGUGUCGGAGUCCCCGGAGAGCUUGGGAGCGCUGCCGGUGGCGACGGGACCGAUGCCGUGUGCCCUGGUGCCGGCCCCGGGAGCGGGACGCCGGCGCCACCCAGCCAGGCUGUUUGGCCCGUCUGUGAUCAGCCCCAUAGCUCGAUGA